AUGGCAAAAUGGAACAAUCUCAGCAUCUGCUCGGAGGUGGCCCGAAGCUCGGAGCCGCCGGCCAGCGGCAACAACUCCCCCGGGGCCAGCGUGUGCUCCGACUCGGAGCUGCCAUACAUUUCGUACACUGUUGAUAGGCCUAUUGGAGACUCCCCGAAGCACUCCAAGCCGCGCCCCACAUCUGUCAAGAAGCCACCCCCCCGCCGCGCGCCGCCGCCGCGCCCGCGCCGCCACGACAUCGUGGUGGUGAAGCAGCCGGCAGCGCACGAGCAGGCUGACCCCCAUGUGUUGAGGCUACAGGAGAUUCCCACAUUCCUGCCCAUAAUGCGCGGCGCGCUGGGGCUCCCCGGGGCCCGGGACGCGGAGGCGCAGGCCGGGCUGGACCCGCGGCCGUGGGUGCGCGCCGCGACCCGGCUUCAAGCGCAUUUGGCUGCUUGCGCUCACCCUAUUAGUAAACACCAGGCGGGGUUGCUGCCGGGGAUUAAUCAGAUAGACACAGACAUAUCCAAGCUUCACGCCAUGUUUGUGGAGCGGCAGAGAGCGAACGCUCGCUCCGCGGAGCGCCUGAGCCGCGUGCGCGAGGUGUCGCACCAGCUGGUCCGCUGCCACUCGCUGCUCAACCAGACACUUCAAGACAUAGAAGAAUUGAACUUUCUACUGCCAGAAGACAAAAGAUUAGAACCGUUCGUGUGGAAUAGUUAAAUUAUAAAUAAUUAUGUAAAUAGAUAACAAAUUAUUAUGCUACUAUACUAGAAAUUAUGUA